CUCACCCGGCGUGAGCGACAGCGGCCAAGGCUAGAUGGUAUUUCGACUCUGCUGCUAACCGUGGGGAUUUCCAAUUACAGAGGGGACGGAUACCCAGUUAUCUCAGCGUAGAGCCAGACGACACCAACCAUGGCUCUUUACGAAUAUGUCACUCAGGAACAGCUGGCGGGCUUCGACAAAUACAAGUACAGUGCAGUGGAUUCGAACCCGCUGUCUGUCUACGUCAUGCACCCCUUCUGGAACUCUGUGGUGAAGUUUCUACCUACAUGGCUGGCUCCAAACCUCAUUACAUUCACAGGCUUCAUGUUCCUUGUGUUGAACUUCCUCAUGUUGGCCUUCUACGACUUUGAUUUCUCCGCUUCUGCUGCAGGGCAUGUACACGUACCCAGUUGGGUGUGGGUUGCUGCGGGGCUCUUCAACUUCUUGGCCUACACGCUCGAUGGCGUGGAUGGUAAGCAGGCGCGUCGCACCAACUCGUCCACGCCACUGGGGGAGCUCUUUGACCACGGCCUGGACAGUUGGGCCUGCGUGUUCUUCGUGGCCACGGUCUACUCCAUAUUCGGGCGCGGAGAGAGCGGCGUGGGCGUGCUCACGCUCUACUACAUCCUGUGGGUGGUGCUGUUCUCUUUCAUCCUGUCCCACUGGGAGAAAUACAACACUGGAAUCCUGUUCCUGCCCUGGGGGUAUGAUGUCAGCCAAGUGACCAUCUCCAUUGUUUACAUCAUCACUGCCGUGGUUGGUGUGGAAACGUGGUACCAGCCAAUCCUGUUGCACUUCCUCUACAGAGACCUCUUCACCGUCAUGAUCUUGGCCUGUUCCUUCGCAGUGACCUUACCCAUGAGCCUGUACAAUGUUCUGAAGGCUCACCGCAGCAACACUCUGAAGCACAGCAGCAUGUACGAGGCUUUCCUGCCCCUCUUCUCCCCGGUCCUGCUCUUCGUCCUCUCCACAAUCUGGGUCAUCUACUCUCCAUCCAACAUCCUAGAGCUGCAGCCCAGGAUCUUCUACCUCAUGGUUGGGACGGCCUUCGCUAAUGUCACUUGUAAGCUGAUUGUGUGUCAGAUGAGCAACACACGCUGCCAAGCACUAAGCUUGUUAUUGGCGCCCAUGGCAAUUGUAGUGUUGUUAGCUGUGACUGGGGUGGUUGCCAACGAGACACUACUGCUGUACCUGUGGACAGCCGCCGUCAUACUGGCACACAUACACUACGGUGUAUCAGUGGUGCAUCAGCUCAGCAGCCACUUCAACAUCUUUGCUUUCUCCCUGAAAAAGCCCAGCAGUGACUGACAGGAGGAGGAGCGAAUUGGCUUGAAAGGAGCGGAGGUUUAGGCUCCUCCCUCUGAGGCUAACCGACACUUCACCGUCACCACAGCAACCACAUCCCCUCGCCUCCAUCAACGAGGACACUUCAAGAGGAGUGGACUGUGGACCCGUUUCCCACUGUCCCCAAAACACAAACACACACAUACACACACAGUGACCCUCAAAACGAAGAACAUUCCUUACCAACCAAACUCUGGUCUUGGCGAUGGGGAGAGACCAGGGGCUCUGGCUUCCGUCAUUGGUGGUUGUCUAAUUUGGUUGAGCCAGUGAGGUGCGUUUGUUUCCUAAGGAAAUGUGCUUCAGUCGUGACGAGGGAGCCCAGCCUAGCCACACACACGCACAUACACUCAUAUACGCACACAUGUACAUAUAUUAUUCUGCUUUCAGGCAGAUACUCUGUAUCUAGUGGCACAUAUUUCAAAUACAAACAUAGCCACAUACACAAACACAUGAAUACAAACAUACUCACAGUUGCACUCACAUAGUAUUAUGAAUGUACAGUAUACGAUUGCCUUUUGGAAACGCCAUUUCAGUUGAAUUCAGUUGAACAGGAGGGGCCUCCUGUGGCUCUGUCCCACACCUGAUCAAACCUCUAAGUCCCGCCACAGGUAGAUCUGGCUCACAUGUUCACAACUAGGUGCAGGCUUUGAAGGUUCAGUCUCAGAUCACCUUUUAUAAUCGGAUGAUUUGCUCCUGGAAAGCGCCACAGCAUAUUUAACAAGUCUUUCGAUAUACAUACAUUUUCUCAUUUAAGGGGUUUGGGGCAUUUUAUUUUGAAAACAAAUGAGUCUUGACGAUUUAGAAGAUGAAUAUGAUUACUCCUGUAAAACAUUGUUUAAUUUCCCACUUAUUAUUAUUAAUCCCACACUGCGGUGACAGUUGUCAUGAGUUAACAGCGGGAGAUACUGACUCAUCAGGGCCAGAAUUGACCAGGGUAACCUCUGACCUUUUGAACUCUUGACCUUCAACUUUGACCUCUGUCUCAGCACUGACCUCCAGGCUCUCCCUACCCUCUGAGGUGUCGUGUCAACAUGCUAAUUCGUUCAUUCAUUACUUUUGUCUUUUUCUUUUUUUUUUUUUUUUAAACAUACAUAUCUUUAUUUUUGUUUAUCUGCUACCGGGGCAAGUGUGUGUGGUUUAGCUGCGCAGUGCUUGAAUGAAGAGUGCGCCCAAAAGCCGUCAGCGGAGCGGACUCACUCUGAGGGAACAAGCCGUCGCACGGGACACCGCAAAUGCCAAAACCCCCUGCCUGGCAUCACGCUCUCCUACUCAUAAAUCUUACUGUCACAUCUUUUAUACUGUCUGUCAGAUGCCUGUGCUCUCUUUGCUUUUUUUUUUUUCUCAGUUCGUCAAACACUGUUCUCAUUUUUUUGUGAUUGUUGAACACUGUUUCUGUGGCAAUUUCAGACUGUAGUGUGGAUCAGGGUCUCAGCAACAUUGUUUUUUCCCUACGGGGCCUCACAAGUCCCUUUUGGCCCUGCUGUGGAAAAAACACUAGUCUCUUAGUUUGCAAGGAUCGGCUUCCUCAACUCCCCUUUCGGCUCUCCUGUAUCUGUUGGCUGAAGACAGCAGACUUACAGAGAGCAGAGUUGAAUGUUACAGGUACACUCUGGAGCUUGAUUUGGGCCUUGAUAUUUGAGGUUGGUGUCAUUCGAACCUAAAUUAUCUGUCCAGUCCUGUACUGAGGCCCACUUAGUGAGCCCAAACCUUACUAAACGCUGGAAUGUCUGUUAAUUAUUACAUGUCAUUAACAGCAGUACUUUAAACACCAUCCAGUCCACACCCCUCAAAAAUUAAGCCCAUCAGUCCAGUUGGGUUUGGGGCAUAGACAUCAAGCUCUAGUAGACUCUUCACUUUUACCUGUCAUCAUAUGGAACAGGUGAGCACAGAACUGCCCAGUCAGCCAAAUAACAAUAAGGUUAAAAAAAAAAAAAAAAAAAUGAUGCUUUGAAGUAAAAAUGUCAAAAUGAACCUGAAUGUUGGUUCUUGAGAUUGUGUUGGUCUUGCAUAUUAAUGUCGUCUGUGAACCAGAAGUUGUGAGUCAGCAUUUGAUUUUUGGGAGCUAUCUGGCUGAGUGUGCAGUCCUGAGAAUUUUUUUUUUUUUUUUCAGAUCGCUAAAGGUAGAAAUCAAGCGAGUAAAGAUGAAACAUACACAGGAGCCUCAUUCACAAAAUGGCCUUUGAUUUUCCGCUUCAUUGUGCUUAUGUAUUAUUUGCAUAAAUGACUGCCUGAGUCUAAAAUUGCAUGUAUCAGUUUGACAUACCAGUUACUGGGAAGUCAUUCAGUGGGAACCUCCAUGUGGUGUCCCAACAAACCCUGUCUUAUUGAGGUACAGAUGUUGAUACAAGAUCCAACAUUUUACUGCCGUAAUACCCCACAAAGUGAGCCAGUUUUGGUAUGCACACCGCACACUUCCUCCCUCGAGCUUGCAAUACCUCAGCACUGCAACCGGGAGACUCUUGUAUGCCAAAUCUGUUACCUGGCACAGAGCUGGGAACUCCUUUGCCAGGUUGGUGGGGUUUAUAAAUCACUCUUUUCUGGCCAGUUCAUAAGCAUAAGCACAUUGUAAUAACUGAAUUUGAAUAUUUAGACCAUUUUCUCAAUGAGGCCCCACAUCUGCGAGUUCAGAGACCAUAGGAAUAGUUGCUUGUGAUGCCACAACAACUGAAGAACUGUGACUGAGAUUUUUGCCACCAAAACAGUUUUCCUGCUCAAGUGAACUGUUUUCAUGGUGGAUGUAUGCACUGUAUGAGUAUGUGCGGAUCCAUGUAUGCAUGUCUCGUAAUGUAUGUGAGUAUACUCUGUAUGUGUGGAUAUCUGUCUAAAUACAUAUACUUCUUCAUUUUAUUACUUUUUUUUUUUUUUUUUUUUUUUUUUUAACAUGAACCACGAGCGGGAUUGUGAGGUCAGAUAUAGGCUGACCUCUCGACUCUGACAUGGGGUUCAGAUGGGACUGGUGAACUGGUGGACCAGGGGAAAAUACCAAUCAGCAGCCAUCACCAUCUGCAAGUUAUAUUUCAUUGUAAAACUGUAGGGAGCAGCUCUUAUAUCUAAAAUGUGAAGGCAUGGAAGGAGUUUCACAUUUCCCCUGCCUGUUGCCUGAUUGGGAUGUUCCCCAGGUCUUUUCUCUGGGAUGGGUUGGAGAGGGGACCACAAAUGGUGCACUACAGACAAUGUUCAGUUAAUCAAGGGAUUUCGUAUUCUAACAAGAAAAAAAAAAGUCUACAAAAUUGGAUGAGGAAAAGUUAAUUCAUUGAUUUCAUCAAAACAUUUUUUCCCAUUAAAAUAACAUUCUAGGUCGCAGAUGUUAAUUUAAUGGGCAUUUCUUGUAGUGUGGUCCUCGCCUUCGCUCACGACAACGCAGAAACGCAGUCUUAAUCACCCUGGAUCAAUGAACCAAGCUGUUCAAUCUGUGACUUCGUGUUGUAUAAUGCCGCCCUGGAACAGACACCAGGGCUUCCAUGUGGCUAAUUGCAAUGUUUUAUUUAACUGGUGACAGAUAGCUCUGUCAAGAAACAAAUAAAGGUAAAUUUCUUUAACCGC